AUCUCUCUCUCCAAGGAACCACAACAAAGAGCUCUUCCCCUCUCUCUAUAUCUCUCCCCCCACCCUCUUUCUCUUUCUCCAUAUAAGCCUCUCCAUACAAAUCUUUUCAUAUAAAACCACUUCUCCUUUCAAAAUUUUGCCGCUCUCCUCCUCAAUUCUUCUCCCACUCUCUCCCCGCAGAUUUUCGAACCGUCCAAACCCUAAUUCCAACCCAAGAGGAACAGCUGGUGUUUGAUUUGGCGGAGAGGUGGGAACAAAGAUUGGUAGUGAUUGAAGAAUGGCGGAUCAAGUUUUGGAAGGGAGCCAACCGGUGGAUCUCUCCAAGCAUCCAUCUGGAAUCAUACCCACGCUCCAGAAUAUUGUGUCUACAGUCAACUUAGAUUGCAAAUUGGAUCUCAAGGCCAUUGCAUUGCAAGCUCGAAAUGCAGAAUACAAUCCAAAGCGUUUUGCUGCCGUAAUCAUGAGGAUAAGGGAUCCAAAAACCACGGCUUUGAUAUUUGCUUCUGGAAAGAUGGUUUGUACUGGAGCCAAGAGUGAACAUCAGUCCAAGUUGGCAGCUCGAAAGUAUGCUCGAAUUAUUCAGAAGCUCGGUUUUCCAGCUAAAUUUAAGGAUUUUAAGAUUCAGAACAUAGUUGGCUCCUGUGAUGUUAAAUUCCCCAUAAGGCUUGAAGGCCUUGCAUAUUCUCAUGGUGCCUUUUCCAGCUAUGAACCAGAAUUGUUCCCUGGCUUGAUCUAUCGAAUGAAACAACCAAAGAUUGUGCUGCUUAUCUUUGUGUCAGGGAAAAUUGUUCUCACUGGAGCUAAGGUGAGAGAUGAGACAUAUACAGCGUUUGAGAACAUAUACCCUGUCCUUACUGAGUUCCGGAAGAACCAACAAUGAAUCUACAUCGUGGAAAUAGCAACCAGAUAAUGGCAAGUUUUGAGGCACCGUUGUGCUGUGCUCUAAAGCUGUAUUGAACUGUAAAUAGAUGAAAGAAGAUGAGGCAUCGGUUCUUUGUUGGUUUAUGGUUAACUAAGAUGAAGGACAUGGUUUUUCCUGUCUGAGGAAUUGGUGUUUGCAUGUAGUGACAAAACCACAUUAUAAAUUAACAAGAAAAAUAAAAGAUAGUAGUGGACUUUGUUAUUGAAACACGAACGCAUUUAUGGUGUGGGACGUUUUGAGUAGAGCCUUUAGCCAUGCUGAUUGAAAUGAUUCAUUUUCUUUUCCUUUUUUCAUUUGAAGGAAGUAUGAUAAUUUGUACAAAAAUUGCUGUAGUACAGGAAAUGUGGUUCUGAAUGUUUCUUGUUGGGCAA